CUCCCGGCCGCGCCUGAUUGUCUACCCGGGCUGCACACCGGUCCGGGUUACCUGGGGCCUGGCGGAGGCUGGAGAUCGGGACUGGAGCGCUUUAGUGGCAGGCAGACUCACUUGAUGACAAAGCCUGACUCCAGCUGACUCAGUUACCCAUUGUGUCUUGUUGCACAUACGCCGCUACUGGAUACUCCUGUCUCUGCCAUUGACUGGGGCUAAGAUGGACCUGGUACUCAAUGCUGCAGAUUAUUAUUUUUUUACACCAUACAUAUAUCCAACCACAUGGCCCGAAGAUAACAUCUUCCGACAAAUUACUAGUCUCUUGAUUAUAACAAAUCUUGGUGCUUAUAUCCUUUAUUUCCUCUUUGCAACACUGAGCUAUUAUUUUGUCUAUGAUCAUUCGCUAAUGAAACACCCACAAUUUUUAAAGAAUCAAGUAUCCCGAGAGAUUAUGUUUACUAUUAAGUCUCUCCCGUGGAUAAGCAUCCCCACUGUGACACUCUUCCUGCUGGAGGUGAGAGGGUACAGCAAAUUAUAUGACAACAUCGGAGAGUUUCCAUAUGGCUGGAUUCAACUUGUUAUUAGUGUAUUUUCCUUCCUCUUUUUCACUGACAUGCUGAUCUACUGGAUUCACAGAGGCCUACAUCAUAGACUUGUAUAUAAGCGCAUACAUAAACCUCACCAUAUCUGGAAGAUUCCUACUCCAUUUGCAAGUCAUGCUUUUCACCCUGUGGAUGGCUUUCUUCAGAGUCUACCUUAUCAUGUAUACCCUUUUGUCUUUCCCUUACAUAAGGUGGUUUAUUUAGGCUUGUAUAUCUUAGUCAAUAUCUGGACAAUUUCCAUUCAUGAUGGUGAUUUUCGUGUUCCACAUAUCUUAAGGCCAUUUAUUAAUGGCUCAGCUCAUCAUACAGACCAUCACCUGUUCUUUGACUACAACUAUGGACAGUAUUUUACAUUGUGGGAUAGAAUUGGAGGCUCAUUCAAAAAUCCUUCCUCCUUUGAAGGUAAGGGACCACACAGUUAUGUGAAGAAGAUGAUAGAAGAAAAUCACAACAGCCAUACAAGGAAUGGUUGUGAACAUGAAAAAUUAUUCAAUGGAGAGUUUACAAAGACUGAGUAGAUUAUUGCUCAUUUAUUAAGUAUUUUUAAUAAGAAAAAAUAAUCUACAUCCAGCCAGGAGACAUAGCAAGUAAAUGGUACCAUUUGAAAAUCAGCAUUGAGGGUACUGAUAAAGAAUGAUCAUAAUGAUAGAUCAAGAGGAAAUCAAUCUUAUGUGUUAAAAUACUAGGUAUUGAUCUAAGAGAUGACUGUGUCUCUCUAGCCAGCACGUCUGUAAUUUAUAUAGCCUCAACAAUAAUUUUUAAAAUGCUGGAGAGAAGAAGUAUUGAAGGGACUAGGUUAUGUCCUUUGCCUUAAUUCAACCACAUUCAUUAAGAAAAACUCAUUGCGCUUAGUAACUCUAAGGCUAAGCACCAUAAUGAAAUACUAAUAAAGUAUAAAUAUAAAGGUGAUUCCUUGUUUCAGGAAUUAAGUCCUCAGUGUUGGUAAAGUAAUGACUACUUGUAAUACUUUGUUCAAGUGGAAACAUCAGUAUGAACACCAAUUCUGAAAUAAUAUAUUUGUGGCUAUGUAAAUGACCUACUUUAUAGCAGGUGUAAUAAGAUUGUCAUCUUCCUACACAUAGGAAGCUUAAUCUCUGGGGAUAUUGUCAAAUGUUACAUUUACUGAUGAAUGAAUAAAUAAACCAGUUUUUAAAAAUA